AUGUGUUUUCCGAUGGUCUUAGGUGACCCCUGUGAAAGGGUCGUUCGACCCCCAAAGGGGUCGCGACCCAUAGGUUGAGAACCGCUGAUUUAAAUGAUGGUAACUAUAAUUUGGAAAUGACUUUUAAAAUUAGGAGUAUCUUCCUAGAAGACAUUCCUUCUUGUUAUUAUGUGAAAGUCUAGUGCAAUUUAGAAGAAAUGUUACAGCAACCCGAACACUGAUGCUUUCAGUAUGGCAGUAAUUCUCAGCAUAAUUCCUGGUCACAGGAAAUAGAAAAAUGGUGAUUUGCAUAGGUACAUUCUGCAUCACUCAGGGCAGUCUCUAGUUUCAGAAUAUAACUGCCAAGUCUCUACCUUCAAGGAGUUAAAGAUUCAGUGCAAGAAGCAGACUUGUGAAAGCAACAAAGUGCAAUAUGUUGUGAUAGGUGUUAUGAAAGGAGAAAUAUCUAUGCUUGGAGCGCAGGCAGGGCAAAUACCUAACCCACUUUUGAGGGUGUGGAGAAGUUUUCGCACUGGUGAUGAUAUGGCAGCUAUUGCCAGGCACCAUGCCAAUACGUAGCAUACGUUUGAAAACUAUUGUUACUAUCUCGAUUUUUACAGAUAAACUGAGGACUAGACAUUAAGGAAUUUACUCAAGAUCAGAGAGCCAAGGCUUGAGUUUCCUAGUCCAUCCAACUCCAAAGCCUGUAAUUACUGAUGCACUGAACCGGACAAGAUCAACUUGGAGGUGUUGAUCUUGUCUCUGUAAGAGGGAGUAGGACAGGCUUUAUGUAGAGUUUGUGCUUUCGUUGAAUGAUUCCAAGGAGGAACUAGGGGAAGACGGGACAGUUUAGUAAUUGGGUAGCUCAGUAAUUUUGACUUGGAGGCGAGAGGUACAAAGCUAGGCCAGGGAGUUAAGUUCACCUCUGCAGCCCGCAGAUGUGAAUGGAAAGGGGUGAGUCUGGAGCUUGGUCUGAGGCGCUGAUUGGUGGAGUCGCGGCAGGAGGCGCAGCCUGGGAAGUCGGACUGGGAAGCAAGGCGAGCUGGGGGGGGGGGGGAUGAGGAGAAAAGAGGAAGAAGUGUUACUUUAACCUCGUGGCCACAAGCCAUUCCACUAUGGUGUCGAGAGCGGUAGGAGGGAAGAGAUACUUGCAGGCCGGCAUAGCGAUUCUCGAGAAGGAGACAUUUAUUUGUGCAGGGUUUCGGAAGACGAGCCAGCGACGGCCACCUCCCGCUUUCUAUGUUGGGUGCGUCUGGGCGGAGGCACGCCCCGCGCUCCGGAGAGACCGCAGGGCACGUGGUUCGUCCGCAGCUGCGCAGCUGCGCGCUCCCCGGAGCCCGCCUUUCCCGGCAGGCUCUUGUGGGCGUGGCGGCGCCGGCAACAUGGCGGCGCCCCGGGCAGUGAUGCUUCCGGACAAACUAAGCCACAAAAAGUACAGGGCCGCCCUGAAGAAGGAGAAACGGAAGAAACGCCGUCAGGAACUCGCUCGCUUGAGAGACUCAGGACUCUCACAGAAGAAGCAGGAGGAAGAGGAGGAAUCUUUUAUUGAACAACAAGAAGAGAAGCUGUUGGAGAUAGAGAGGCAAAAAUUACAUGAGGAGUGGUUGCUGCGGGAGCAGAAGGCACAAGAAGAAUUCAGAAUAAAGAAGGAAAAGGAAGAGGCAGCUAGAAAACGGCAGGAAGAACAGGAGAGAAAGUUAAAGGAAGAAUGGGAAGAACAGCAGAGAAAAGAGAAAGAAGAGGAGGAGCAGAAGCUACAAGAGAAGAGAGAAAGAGAGGAGGCUGUGCAGAAGAUGCUGGAGCGGGCUGAAAAUGAGUUGGAAAAUAGUGCCACAUGGCAAAACCCAGAACCACCCACGGACGUAAGAAUAAUGGAGAAAGAUCGAGCUAACUGUCCAUUCUACAGUAAAACGGGAGCUUGCAGAUUUGGAGAUAGGUGUUCACGUAAACACAAUUUCCCAACAUCAAGCCCCACCCUUCUUAUUAGAAGCAUGUUUACAACAUUUGGAAUGGAGCAGUGCAGAAGGGAUGACUAUGACCCUGACGCCAGCCUGGAGUACAGUGAAGAGGAGACCUACCAGCAGUUCCUGGACUUCUAUGAGGACGUGCUCCCUGAGUUCAAGAACGUGGGGAAGGUGAUCCAGUUCAAGGUCAGCUGCAACUUAGAACCUCAUCUGAGGGGCAAUGUGUAUGUGCAGUACCAAUCGGAAGAAGAAUGCCAAGCAGCCUUUUCUCUGUUUAACGGAAGAUGGUAUGCAGGACGGCAGCUUCAGUGUGAAUUCUGCCCAGUGACCCGGUGGAAAAUGGCAAUUUGUGUUCCCAGCAGCUCUCCACUAGCUGAUGUAGCUUCUCAACACCAAGAAAAUGACAACACUCUCAGUUUCACUCAACCAACUCGUGAGGAAAAAAGCAAUCUACAGCUUUCCCACAUUAUCUGCUCAAGAAAGGAGGAAAAACUGGACUUGCCGAAGACCAGUGCUCGAUUCCAUUCCCAUUCACCCUCCCAAUAUACGUUUCCCUUUAUUCUAUUCCUGUUUUUCAUCAGUCUCUGCAUUAGCUCCUUUUCCUUAGUAUACAUAUGUUCAACUCUCCUCCAUACUAAGAAUAAUCUUUCUCACCCCCCUACAAAGAGGACCAGAUGGAGUGGGAAGUGUAGGAUAACAAACAUUGAGAGGAAUUAAGUUACACCUAUUCUCAAAACCACCCAUAUUCCUUAAAAAAGACAAACCCAUUACCUUAAAAUUCCCCAGAUAUUCACCAUACAAGGCUGAUGAUGCAAAGUAAAGUGAUCUGGGAAAACUACAAUGAAAACUGGUAAGCUAGCAAUUAUAUGAAGGCUUAAGGCUUGUUGAAAUGAGAAUUGCUAAAGUAAACUAGUGGUAUUGAAUCCAAAAUUGAAAACCUAAUCUCUGAUUUUCUCUUUCUAGUAACAAUGUAGUUAAUGAGAAAAUAAUUUACAUUUAAUGAAAAUAAAUAAGUGUAAUUUGAAAUUACAUUUCUACUCCACUUUUUCUUGCAAAUGGGCAUCAUUUAUUCCUUGCAUUAUAAAGUGAUAUCCUUUAUCCUUCAUGUUCUAGAAUACAGUAGUCCUUUUGAUUACUUCUCACUGAAUUCUGUAGCAAAGUCCUUACUCCCAAAUCUAGAACCCUAUUCCCUGUGCUGAAGAACAAAGGGCCAAAGGACCAGAGAGUAUCCAAACUCACUAAGAUCUAUUUUUAGCAAUGAAUAAAAAGAAGCACUGUUUAAGUACCUUUUAGAUGACAGGGCUCGCAGUGCUCAUGGUGUCAGUGUUAUUUCACAACCAGUUGUGAGGCAUUAGGAAAAUCAAGUGAUUUUUUUACAUUAAGUUAGUAAUGGGUGGUAAGAGCAAUAAUUGCUCCAGAUGGUAUCUAAAAUGGUAGAGUACACAAAUGCUUCACUUUACAUGCUGAAACUUUCUUUCUAGCAAAUUCUACUCUAAGUUUUACCUAACGGAUCAACACAAUGUAUACUCUUCCAUUCACACAGAAUUUUGUCAUUUAAAAAAUAAUAAAAUAAAAUAUUGUAUACUUAUAAUGUACUUAUAAUACCUGCUUAUUUUACAGUUCUAGGAAAAGGGGGGGGGGGCUCAAACAUUUUCAGAGUUAAUACCAUUAAGUUAAUGUUCUGCUCCUAAAUCUUCUCUCACUGGAUAUCCCUUGAGUAUCUUUUCCAUAACAUUACAUAGAAACUGAUCUCAUUUCUUUUCAGUCAGAUAACAGUUUCAUGUAUGGUCAUCCUGUAAUUUUCUUAACCUGUUUCCUAUUGAUGGACAUUUGUGUAUGUUCCAAUGGCUUAAUGUUAUAGUGACCAUGUGUCUUGGUGAAUUUGUACAUUUGUGUAUUGGUGUAUUUGUAUAUUUCUGUUGGAUAAAAUUCCUUGAAGUAUAACUGAUGUGUCAAAAGGUAUAUACAUUUAACCAUUAACAGAGAUCACCAAACUAAUCCUCCAAAAUGGAAUACAAGUUUAAGUGCUCACAAGCAACAAACAAGAGGGUCUCUCUCAUCUCUGCCAAUCCAAAAAGAAACAAACCAAAAACAGGUCUAACUUAUA